AUGCCCACCGAAGUAGCGGACAAAGAAACAUUCAAUGCCGACGAACUGCAUGCGCCGGAAUGGAUAAACGACGAUUUUUUUCUAAAAGUCUUGUCGAACUGUGAGGGGAAAACAAGCGAAGUGAAAAUUAAAGACGUAAAAAUUUCGCCAGCUUCCAUGAAAGGCGAUCACUAUGCGAGUGUAAUGUUUCGCGCACAGCUGGAAUACGAAUUGGAUGGCGUGGGCAAGGCGAGGUCAGUGAUCUUGAAGACAAUGCCCGAAAUGGAGGGCCACAAGAAAGAAAUGCUGGGCAAAACAGAUAUUUUUGAAAAGGAGAUUGCCAUGUACACAGAAGUGAUGCCACGAUUCGAGAAAGUUUUGCGCGACAUCGGCGAUGAUACUAAGCUCAAAGCGCCUUGCUUAUAUUACUCUUUAGAGCCGAAGCAAGUGAUUGUUUUCGGAGACCUUGUCCCCGCUGGCUAUGAGGUGGUGCGAGAUCGCCCAUUAACCGAAGAAGAAGUAAAGGCAGCCUAUGCCAAAUUGGCGAAAUGGCAUGCCAUAAGCUACAAAAUCAAUUUGGAGGAGCCGCAUUAUUUUGAUAAAUUUCAACACGGUAUGUUGAACAUGUCCAUAGCGAAAGAGGAUCUCAUGACUGGUGGUAUAAAACAUUUUGUGCACAUGUUGAAGAAAACACCUUCUCUGCGCGACUAUUUGCCUUACUUUGAGAAUUUAGAACCAAUCCUGCUUGAGAAAUGUCGCGCUGGCUUUGCUGAGUACCGUGAAUCGCCCCAAGUGGGUGCGCCCUAUGUGCUUUGCCAUGGUGACUUUCAUUCACGAAACAUGAUGUUCAAACACAAUAAAGGAACUGGUGAAUUGGAGGACGUUAUGCUACUCGACUAUCAAGUCGGGUAUGUUGGUCCUAUUGUGAAUGAUUUGAUAUACUCGAAGUACCUUAUGUUGGACGAAACCCUCCGCUUGGAAUUUCCUGCUUUGGUGUACUAUUAUUUCACAAUUUUUACGGAUACUUUAAAGAAAAUAGGUUUCAAAGGCCAACUACCAAAACUAACAGAGAUUCGUGAGCAGUUCGUGCGUCACAAGUACUUUGACUUUUUUCUCAUUUCCACUUUUUUGCCGAUGUGGUUUACCAACGCAGAUAACAUCGACGCUGAAUUGCUAAUGACAUCCGAAGAAUUUCGCCGAAGUUUAUACAGGUCUGCAGAAUAUGUCAAGUAUUUAGAAAGAACAUUGCCUCGCUUUUUACAUUUGGGCUACUUUGAGGAUUAGUAGAUUUCCUAUGCUAUUCAUGGGCAACAUAAAAAUUUGAACCAUAUCUUUAUAUAGGAAAAUACUAAAAAUUAAUUU